UUCUCACCUCUCUUAUUUGGAGUUAUGGAAAACUCUAACGAGUGCAAUGAGAAGGAGAGGCUGAAGAUGAGGGUUGCUGUUUUAGAAGAGAGUGUGAAGUCCAGUGAGGUGGAGUGCAAAGCCAGCAGAGAGACGGUGCUGAGGCUGGUGGCAGAGCUGGACCAAGAGAGGAGGAAGGCUGCAAGCAGUGUAGCAGCACUUGAUUCACUCAAAGUGGAGCUUGAUGGUCUGGCUGUUGGGAGAAGAAGUGUCGAGAUGGAGAAGCAGACCCUAACUGAAAGACUUGAGGCCAGUAAGAGAGUAAUAGAGGCAGCCAGGCGAGAGUCACACUGUCUGGAGAACCAGGUGGAGGAGCUUGAAAGAAGGAUCCAAGAAGCUGAGAGCAAGCUGCAGGCAUUCUUGGAAACGUUGGUCGGCCUCCUGGAGAAGAGGUGUGAGGACGUCAUCCUGCCCACGGAGAGAGAUGUUCUACAGACACUGGAUAACCUCUGCAAUAAGAGCUUGCCAGAGGUGGAAAUGAGGCUGUGUUGUGUUUCUGAAAAGCUGAGUGAGCAGACAGAGCUUCAUCACAUUGCACAACAGAGGGCUCAGCUUGCAGAGCAGCAAGUCCAAGACCUGAGGGGAAGACUGCAAUGUCUGGAGGCCGAACUGCUGACAGCAGACAUGCAUUGUGACCGAUUGCAACACAGCAAACAGGAUUAUGAGGAAUUCUUGGAGCAGCUGUCCAAGACGAUGAAGGUUGAGGACUUUGACAUUGAUCUUGACUUCGAAAUGAAGCUAAAAUUCAUUCUGUCACGUGCCGAACAACUUGUUAGACAAGAGGGAACUGCUUUAGUUGAGAGUAAAAGUCUGACUUACAGCUUACAACGGAAGUUGAAAUCACAGAAGGAACAAAUAGAGAGCAAAGGACUCCACAUCCAACUACUGAGGAAAAAGGUUUCAGAGCUGGAGGAGGAGAAGAAGACCCGAUCAGCAUUGGCUGCGGAACAAAAUGAUGCACAACUGCAGGCUGCGAGGCUGCAGAAAAAACUGGAGUGUCUUCAAAGUGAACUGAAAGCAACCAAACUUUCCAACACUGAGCUCAAGGCCCAGCUCUCCCAUACCAGCGAGCUCAAGCUGAAAGUCGCGCAACAGACUCAGACCAUGCAGGAGCAGAAAAAGAAGCUGAAUCUGGUGGCGGAUGAGAAGGCAAAGGUGGAGAAAAAGCUGAGCGCAGUUAGCUCAGACCUGCAAAGCCAAGAGAAGAAGACAAGAGACGACCUACAGGAACUCCUCACCCUCAGACAGAGCCUUGCUCAGCUGUCUCAGAGGCAGAGAGAGUUGGUGGAUUUCCGCAUGCUGGUUUCUCAAACGUUGGGCCUGGAUGCCACAGCGUUGGCUCUUCCAAAUUAUGAAAUCAUCAAAUUACUUGAAACCCUUCUUCAUGGCCACUGUCACCGUCACCACCUUCAUCAUCAUGCUAACAUACCUCGGCACUACUCGACUCACCAGAGACCUCACCUGCAACAAGUCCAAGAACUAUCCGAUGGCUCCAACCUGUAUGUUACCACCUGCAGAUCUCACGAAACUUAAAAUGUAUUCACUCCAUUCAUACCAAAAAUAAGUUGAAAUGUUGAGAAAUAGUAGAGAUAUUAAUUACUUUUGAAACAUAAAAUAACAAUU